CAAUCAGACUGCAACACACUUUCUAAUUCUACCUGAGCCACAAAGCAAUGCAACUAAGCGGUAAAGUCUGCGUAGUGACGGGAGCCGCAGGGGGGAUUGGAAAAGCAAUCAGCGAGACUCUUUUUAAAAAUGGAGCAAAGGUGGUUCUGCUGGACGUGGCCGAAAGUGCAGGACAGAACCUCAUGGAAGUUCUCAACAAGGAGGACGGCCAAGACAGAGCUCUGUUCCUGAGCUGUGACGUCCAGUCUGAGGUGCAACUGAAAGCUGCCUUUCAGAAGACCGUCAAAAUCUACGGAGGGAUAGACAUCCUCUGCAACAACGCCGGCAUCUUGAACGAGAAGGACUUUGAGAAAACCGUGGCCAUCAACUUUGUGUCCGUCAUCAGGGCCACCUAUCUGGCCCUGGAGCACAUGAGCAAGUUGAACGGUGGUCAGGGAGGCAUCAUCGUCAACAUUUCAUCCAUAGCAGCUUUCAAGCCUCUGCCAGGCUUGCCGGUCUACAGCGCCACUAAGAGUGGCGUGAACAUCUUCACGCAAGCCAUGGCGGAUGUCUCGACCAGGUUGGGCUACGGCGUGCGUGUCAAUGCCCUCUGCCCAGCUUUGGUCCAAACCGACAUGCUCACCGAGCUUCAUGACAAGAUGGGUCAAUACUGCCAACUGGAGAAGCCUGCUCUCCAAGUAGCAGACAAGCUUGGCAUACUAAGUGUCUCCCAGGUGGCUGAAUGUUUUCUUAAGCUGGUGACAGACGAGACCAAGAAUGGGGAGACCCAGCUGUUGGCCGCCAACGGAAUGACGUCCGGCACAUUCGCCAACAUCGGCAUGACGAGUGACGCGAUGCAUCAGGAGCGCAAAUAGAAGCUCCAACAUAAUGAAUGGAAACAGCUUGUAGUGUCCGGUAUUCACUGAUACAUAUUUCUAUUUGACUGUGCAUAUGUCUAUAGGCAUGAAUGUGAGUGUGAAUUAUUGUUUGUUUAUAUGUGGCCUGCCAUUGGCUGGCGACCAGCCCAGGAUGUACCCUGACUCUCGCCCAAAGACAGCUGGGAUAGGCUCCAGCAUACCCUAGUGAGGAUAAGCGGCAUAGAAAAUAGAUGGAUGGAUGAAUUGUGCUCUAUAAAUAAUCUUGCCUUGCCUUCAUAAGUACUCUAUGAUUGUUGUUUUAAUACUGAAUUCCUACACUCCUACAUUAUUGACCUGCAUACAAGUUGAUGCCACUUUGCAUCAUGAUGCAACCCUUUCUCCCCAUCUCAACAAACUUUUUCCAACUACUGAAGUUGCUUAUUUAACAAGCUCAAGCUCCCCCUAA